UUGCAACCAACUUCACGUUCAACCCUUUUGUCAUUUCGAGACUUACGGACACGCGAACGUCGGCAGAGUAAAGCCAACGUUCGCUGUUUUUUAUUAGAGAUGUCUCGAAAGAAAGCUACUGAGGAGACAGACAAAUUAACACGUAUCGCAAUCGUGAAUGCUGAUCGUUGUAAGCCUAAAAGAUGUAGGCAAGAAUGCAAGAAAAGUUGCCCAGUGGUGCGCAUGGGUAAGCUUUGCAUCGAAGUGACUCCCAAUGACAAGAUUGCCACCAUAUCUGAGGAGCUGUGUAUUGGUUGUGGUAUUUGUGUGAAGAAAUGUCCAUUUGAUGCUAUAACCAUCAUUAAUAUUCCAUCUAACUUGGAGAAACAUACCACUCACCGUUACUCUAAAAACUCAUUCAAACUUCAUCGUUUGCCGAUACCUCGACCUGGAGAGGUUCUGGGACUUGUUGGUCAGAACGGUAUUGGAAAGUCCACUGCCUUGAAAAUCCUUGCUGGCAAACAGAAACCAAAUUUGGGACGAUUUGCUGAUCCUCCUGAUUGGCAAGAGAUUCUAUCUCAUUUCCGCGGGUCAGAGCUUCAGAACUAUUUCACUAAGAUUCUUGAAGAUGAUUUGAAGGCUCUCAUUAAACCUCAAUAUGUGGACCAAAUUCCGAAGGCUGUGAAAGGAACCGUCGGGCAGUUACUUGAUAAGAAAGAUGAAAGAAAAAAUCAAGAGAUCAUCUGUAGUAUGCUGGAUCUGUCUCAUAUUCGUGAUCGUGAGAUUGCUGCGCUGUCCGGUGGGGAGCUCCAACGUUUUGCAUGUGCGAUGGUUUGCAUUCAGAACGGUGAUAUAUUCAUGUUUGAUGAACCUUCUUCAUACUUGGAUGUUAAACAGCGUCUGAACGCUGCUAGGACCAUAAGGUCGCUUAUUGACCCUGAUAAGUUUAUUAUAGUUGUGGAGCAUGACUUGUCAGUACUGGAUUAUUUAUCUGACUUUAUUUGUUGUUUGUAUGGCGUCCCUGGUGCUUAUGGUGUUGUCACUAUGCCUUUCUCUGUUCGUGAAGGUAUAAAUAUUUUCCUCGAUGGUUUUGUGCCAACUGAAAAUAUGAGAUUUAGGACUGAAUCACUUGUGUUCAAAGUAGCUGAGUCUGCAACUGAAGAAGAGAUAAAAAGAAUGAACCACUAUGAAUAUCCUCAAAUGAGCAAAAAGAUGGGUGAUUUUAGUCUAUAUGUAGAACAAGGAGAGUUCUCUGAUUCAGAAAUCUUAGUACUUUUGGGUGAAAAUGGUACAGGAAAAACUACAUUCAUUAGAAUGUUAGCUGGUAAUCUGGAACCCGAUGAAGGUGCAAACCAACUGCCACAGCUACAUAUUAGUUAUAAGCCACAGAAAAUAUCACCCAAAUCGCAGGGCAUGGUUAGAAAUCUUCUUCACGACAAGAUAAGAGAUGCGUACACACAUCCACAGUUUAUUACAGAUGUAAUGAAGCCAAUGAAAAUCGAAGAGAUUAUGGACCAAGAAGUGCAGAAUUUGUCGGGUGGUGAAUUGCAGCGUGUAGCGUUGGUGCUAUGUCUCGGUAAACCGGCCGAGGUUUAUCUUAUUGAUGAACCUUCAGCCUAUUUAGAUUCCGAACAACGUCUUGUUGCUGCCAAGGUUAUAAAACGGUUCAUUCUGCACGCCAAGCGUACUGGUUUUGUGGUAGAGCACGAUUUCAUAAUGGCAACAUAUCUGGCAGACAGAGUCAUAGUAUUUGAAGGAACACCCUCGUCUAACGCAACUGCCCACGCUCCACAGUCAUUGUUAAAUGGAAUGAACAAAUUUUUGGAACUGCUCGGUAUUACAUUCAGAAGAGAUCCAAAUAAUUUCAGACCUAGGAUCAAUAAACAUGCAUCUGUGAAGGAUAUAGAACAGAAGAGAGCAGGCCAGUAUUUCUUCCUGGAAGACUAA